AAUAAUAAAUACAAGUGUAUAACAAGAGCGACAACAGACUACUUAGUGAUUUAUCCACGCGGGUGCUUGCUAGCGAAUUUAAAACCCAAACAUUGAAGAUCUUUAGACCAGUCUUGUGUAUAUUGAUCUUUGUGUUUUGAACAUAAUUCUGUUUACAAGUUCAUUUAAACGUAAUUUGCUUGUUUAAUUAGCAAAUGUGUUAAAUUGAUACUGCACUAGGCUAAUGGCCCAGAGCAUGAGAUCAGUAAGCUAGACGGAUAAAGAAGCUCUGAUGAAAGGAGAGGAAGAAGCUUUCAGAAUGAAAAAGGAGGAAGAGGAGGCUAUCACAUUGAAAGAGGAGAAUGGGUUGAAAGAAGAGGAAGAACCUUUUGGAGUGAAAGAGGAAAAGGAGGCUAUCUCAGUAAAAGACGAGGAGGAAGACGUUUUGGGAGUGAAAAAGGAGGAGGAGUCAGAAUAUCCGAUUAACACCAGAGAGAGACACGACUAUUGUGGAUCCUCUGGGGAGCCUCAACAACAUCCUGAUGCUGAUGAGGCAGAGAAGAGUCUCUCCAGAUCAGAACACCAGAUGGACAACGCUAGCCCUUCCUCCCUCCCGGAGUCUCCGUGUCGUGCCUCUCCCGGUAGCGCCUUACUGCUGGGUAUGAAGAGGUUGUCUGUGCUGCUGGUGGACUGCAGGAAAACAACGGGGCUGAGUGGAACUGUGAGAGGAGGAGAAGAGAAGAAAGGAUCAGAUUUAACUCAUCAAAGAGAAAGACCAGACUCAGAGGAACCAGAGCCAGGUACGUCCAAACCAACAAGAAGACACCAGUGUUCCCACUGUGGAAAGGGUUGUAACCACUUAUGGGAGCUGAAACGACAUGAGAGAAUACACACAGGGGAGAAGCCUUUCCACUGCUCCCAGUGUGGAAAGAGUUUUAUCCAGAAAAGCUACCUAAAACGACAUGAGAGAAUACACACAGGGGAGAAGCCUUACCACUGCUCCCAGUGUGGAAGGAGUUUUAGCCAGAAAGGAUACCUGAACCAACACGAGAGAAUACACACAGGGGAGAAGCCUUACCACUGCUCCCAGUGUGGAAAGAGUUUUAACCUGUUAGGGUACCUUAAACGACACGAGAGAUUACACACAGGGGAGAAGCCUUACCACUGUUCCCAGUGUGGAAAGGGUUGUAACCUCUUAUGGGAGCUGAAACAACAUGAGAGAAUACACACAGGGGAGAAGCCUUACCAUUGCUCCCAGUGCGGCAAGCGUUUUAACCUCUUAUGGGAGCUGAAACAACACGAGAGAAUACACACAGGGGAGAAGCCUUACCACUGCUCCCAGUGCGGCAAGAGUUUUAACCAGAAAGGACACAUGAACCAGCAUGAGAAAAUACACACGGGGGAGAAGCCUUACCACUGCACCCUGUGUGGAAAGAGUUUUAACCAGAAAAGCUACCUGAAAAAACAUGAGAGAAUACACACAGGGGAGAAGCCUUACCACUGCUCCCAGUGUGGAAAGCGAUUUACAAUGUUUGGGACUCUGAAAAUACAUGAGAGAAUACACACAGGGGAGAAGCCGUACCACUGUUACCUGUGUGGAAAGAGUUUUUCCCACUUAUGUCACCUGAAAAGUCAUGAAAAAAUGCACAAGGGGUGAAGCCUCAUCACUGCUCCCAAUAUGGAAAGGGUUUUAACCUGUUAGGGGACCUGAAACAACAUGAGAGAAUACACACAGGGGAGAUGCCUUACAUGCUCCCAGUGUGCAAAGCGUUUGCCCAGGCUUACAAAAGCUCAGACUGUGGGAAAACAUAUUAUUCAUCACAGUCACUUAAACGUCAUGAGAGAAUCCACACAGGAGAGGGAAUAAUUACUUAUCCUAGUUAAAAUAAUUACUUAUCCACAUUGACUUAAAAUUCAUCAGAGAACAUACACAGUGCUCCCGUUGUCUUAUAUUGUUGACCGAUAAUGUGUUUACCUGUUUAUACCAUAUGAAAUUGAAUUGUACCAAGUAUACUCAAACAUAUAUUUGUAUGUUUUUAUUAGAAAACGUGUUGAAUAUGCAGUAUGUCAGUUUGAAUAUAGAGUAGAUCAGAUUCCAUGUGUUUAAAUGGUCCUUUUUUUUAACUCUGACUAUGUGUGUGUUUAUCUGUCUGUCAUUCCUCCAGCACUACAGAUAAUCAAGUGAUACUUGGAUGUGAUCCAUUUGUUCCAUUGUUUACAUUUGCGUUGUUGGCCCACUGAUGAUUUAAUUAAAUAAAAAUGUUCACAGACUCUGUAAUGGAAAAUGUUAAUUGUAUGUGUCCACAUAACUGAGUAUGUUACUAACCUUGUGAAACUGUCCUAUUAUAAUCUCCUGUUCUUGGGAGUAUCAUCCUGUGUUGCAAACCAGCUGCACCUGCGUCAUUGUAUGAAUGAAGUCCCUCCCAGGAACAGGAAACUAUAAAGAUAUGUGCUCGUCACCCAAUGCUCCGGAAUUCAGACUGUCUCCAUUUCGCUGUGUAACUAAUGUAUAAGAGAUCAUACAAAGAUUCUGCUGGUACUCUUAUGUGGAUGAUGCUAUGAAUAUUUGUUGGUCUGAUUUGGUUAAUGAGGAGCAUCCAGACGCUGCACUUGAUGAAUUUAUGAAAUUGCUUCUAACAAUUAUUGAUAAACAUGUAGCUGUUAAGAAACUGACUGUUAGAACUGUUAAGGCUCCAUGGAUUGAUGAGGAAUUGAAAAACUGUAUGGUUGAAAAAGAUGGGGCAAAAGGAGUGGCUAAUAAGUCUGGCUGCACAUCUGGCUGGCUUACGUACUGCAAAUUGAGAAAUGAUGUGACCAAACUCAACAAAAAUAAUAAACUUUAUUAUGAAUCCAA